AUGGGUCACAACGAUGACGAAGCUGGUGUAACGAGGAAGCUCGGAGUUUUCAUAAGGGAAAGGGCAAGGUACACAAGGCCUCGCACCGCCACAUCUGCUUCCGCAACACUUCUAGGCUGGCGUCUUCACCUCCUUAAGCAACUUCAGCAAACAAGUCCAAGUACUCUAGCUUCGGACAACCCUCGCAUAUCGAAGCGAGUCCCUUGA